UUGGUAUCGUUUAUACUGUACUUCAAAUUCGUUCACUCAAAUUCAUUCAUUCAAAGAUAUAAGAAACUAGACUCAUGAUAAACAUUAAGUAUACCCACAUUUCAUACCAAAAGGUGGUUUGCAAUGCAUUUUAGGGCGAUUUGUGAUUUUCAGUAAUGUGAUUGUUGACAUCAACCUUCCUCGUCUUAUGCUUGUGUUCAGUCAGUCUUUUUGUAAGGUUUCUGCCAGUCUCUUCGAUGUAGAGGGCUUGGCAGUCGGCCGAGCAGUUGAUCCUAUAAACCGCUCCCUGUCUGUUCUCUAGAUCAUCACGGCAAAACUGACCAAUCGGGUUUUACGAACCGGACUUUGAACUUCCGACUAACAAAAACUACCCACUUGACUUUGAUGAUGACUUCCGCUCAGGUUAAAGAAAACUCAGUCACUACAACCGAUAACAGUCUUUCUCACGACUUCAAUGAAGCCAUUUACUGUUCGACUAAAACUCUAUUGUUUUAUUUAUAUUUACCAAAGAGAAGGAGCUAUAGCUAACAGUGAAACGUUUUUAAGAAUAGAUUGGGGUAGUGAUGUUAGCUUUUCGUGUUGGAAUAUCAUUUUGUGAUAAUAAUUUUAAUAGAGCUUUUAAAAUCAUGGCAAUUAUUUUUACAUUAGCGUUCAGCGUUUGUAUGUCAGUUCUUCAGCCUUACGUGCCAUCGAGUUGAAAAAUGAUUAUGCAGAAAAAUUCUCAAUAUUGAUACUAGAUACCUCUAAGAGAUGACCAUCGAUGCGAUUUGGAGUAUAAUUGAAAAAUUCGACUUGGAAAAUUACCAUUUUCAAUGCGCCUUUCUAUGAGUGUUUUAUUUCCGUCUAUUUGUUCAAGAUAUCGGAAAUUAAAGUAAAUUUUUAGGUGAUUUGAAUCAUGUUCCCAACAAGAUUUGCAAACUAAUGCUGCUAUUUUUCGUGAUCAGUGAAAAAUUGAAUGAGAAAACAAUUUUAGUUAAAAGAGCCGCGUCUGAAACAGUUAUAUUCAAGGAGAUUUUCUGUCGUGAUUCAUCAACUUACGAUUUCCUGAAGCUAUUAUUUUGCAGGUUCGCCUUUUUUUAUAUUCACGCCAAGGAAAAAAACCUGAUUGAAAUAUCAAUCUAAAACUUUGAAAGAAUCAAAUUAGGCACGAAUCACCUGUCUGACUUUUAAAGUAUAAUAAAACAUUGAGAUGUGUUGGGUUUGUUAGGCAAUUUCGGUGAGUCUCUUGUUAUGCCACUGAAUGUCUGAAUUAAACUCAUGCUUGAUUUUCAAAGCUUCGCUCUUCUUUUCUUUUUAUCUUUCCGAGUUGCUGCGUUGUUUCAGUGUGAAUACUUGUUAUUUAGUUGUUAUAGUGGUUAGGCUUCUCUAUAAUUGUAAAAAUACUUCUUGCUCGCGUUUGAUUUGUUUGCACUGCUGUGGGCGUCAUGUCACGAACGUUUGGGAAACAUAGAACCCUCCAGCUGAGUUGAACUUUCAAGUCUCGUGAAUCUAUGAACAUUUUCAAUUGUUUGACUGCCUUGAGUUAUAUACUGUAUUCACUAAAAAAAUGCGUUGAUCUAUCCUUCAAGUAUUUUCAGGUUAACGAGGGAAAACAUCUAAAGUAUUCGGUUUCUCAAUCCAUGUUAAUUUCCGGAACUUUCACUCAGGAAUAGAAUGGCUUUCUUUUGCUGUCGUUGUUCUUUUCACCGCUUGUUGGACGAAUAACAUUUCUUUUUUUGUUCUUUUUUUUGGCAUGUGAUAUUCGUCACAGAUUAAUUUUUGCUAUGCGGCCUUUUUCUCAUUUAAAAUGGAAUUAAUGAAAGAUCUCGUGAGGACACUGUCAAUUUUGGUAUAAAUAUAAAAGAGAGCGUAAGGAAUACUUAGUUAUUUUUGAACGCGGCGUUCUAUUUUUUCUAUUUUUUUUUUUCCUUAUUUCGAAGUCAGAGCCGAAGGGGGUUGUCCAAGCUUCAUCCUGUUUUAUUCAAUUCAGUUUUAAUAUCGGCAACAGUGAUCUUUAAGUGUCCAUAGUUUAGUCUAAAUCGCUCCAGUAGAACCAGACUACAUGCUUUUGAAGACUCAAGCGCAUACACAGAGCGGCGCUGGGCGAAAGAUCUAUAAAUUAUAUAAACCAAUCUUUGGGAAAACCAUUUAAGUUGCACGCUUUUUUCCCCCUAAUUCUCUCAUUCGAAGCGUCUUGCAUGCAAUAGAUCACUGACAUGGAAUUAAUAUGAAUAUUUCGUUUCAUUUCAAAUGCAGUCGCGGCAUCCUUUUUUGCAUCUUCGUAACAGGUUUGCACCUGUUUGUUUUUUGCUUUAUUUCCCCCUCACAAGAACGAGUGCCAUUUGUAAACACGUUCCACCCUCCAGUUAGUUAUUUUAUAGCCCCUAAUGGGCUUUCUCUAGUGGUUGGCUGAAUCGUUUAUUUACCACCGACUUGAAGUGUUGUCAAAAUUGAUUUGUGUAUAUGACAGCGCAAAUAAUAAACUAUUCGGCAAGCUACUCGGAAAUUAUGAAGUAUUCUUCCGACAUCAACAGCACAAAGACCGACUGAGAAUCAACGGAAUCCUCUCAUUUUGCAGAGUGUUGUAAUUUUCGCCGAGAAUUUUCUCCGAGGCCGUGCAGAGUUUGUGACUUUGUCAAGGCUUAUUUAGCUGGGCGGAUUUUAACUUUUGCGAGAACGAUUUUACAUUUUCUACAUUGUAGAAGCGAGGUUCCUCGAGAAAGAGCUUAUUUAACUGCCUGAGAGAAAAAAAUUUUCUUUUUUUAGGAAAAUUUGGAAGACCUUCAAGGUUCGGACUAAUUUCCACGUACGGGUAGCGAUUUGUUUUUGGCAAUUUAAAUGCGGAUUCAUUUAAAUAUUUAAAAAAGAUCGUUAAGUGCACCAAACAAGUAGCUAGUUCCUGCUUUAUUCUUCUGGGGUCUUCUUAGUCAACAUGAGAGUUUCACUGGCGCUCUUUGUGCUAGCGUUUUGUUUACAAGCUGAUUCUGCAAUUGGUCGUUGGAGAAGAUUCAAAGAAGGGAAUUUCAUCAUCGGAGGGCUUUUUCCCAUAACCGAAGGGCCGGAGUGCAACAAAGUGCGGAGCGAAGGAUUACUGCUCGCUGAGGCGUUUUUUUACACAAUAAACAAUGAUUCGAUUUAUAGCGGUGCAGUUCUUGGAUAUGAUAUCAGAGACAGUUGUUCGAGCCCUGAGGUGUCUGUGAAAGAGGUUCUAGAUAUUUUGAGACACGAAAAUGAUGGAACAUUAUCUGAAAACUGCUCAUUGAAGAACGCACGCAAACAAUGUGGAGUGCUCGCGUUUGUGGGACCAGAUUUGUCUGGCAACGCUGUCGUUACAAGUGUCAUAUUGAGCGCUUAUGGGGUACCUCAGAUCAGUUACGGAGUUUCCAGCUCACUUCUCAACGACAGGUCAAUCUUCAGAACGCUUUUCCGCACGUCUUUUUCUGAUAAACAAGUUGCGGCGGUGUUGACGAGUCUUAUAACUUCUUUCGGAUGGUCUUGUAUAAAUAUCAUAAGUUCGAAAGAACGUUUUCACCGUGGAAUAAUGGGAAACCUAAAACGGGACCUUAAAAAACGCGACAUCUGCAUUGCCUUACAUGAAGCCGUCGGUAGUGGUGAAAUUUCGAGUAUUGUAAUGGCAAUCAAAGUUCGUAGGAGUGUUUUCGUAAACGUUGUUUUAGGAAGCGAGGAUUUUAUUUCCAAGAUUUUCAGCGAAGCACGGAGAAAAAAUUUGACAAAAAGAGUGUGGAUUAGAGCUGACAUGUCAAACGAGCGAUCCCGAUUGGUUGAAAGCUACGGUGACGUCAUGGACGGAAUGCUGACCGUGUCUGUGCCCAAAGAAGACUUGGGCAAGUUUAAAAAUGUCGUCAGCAUAUUGGCGAAAAACGUUUCAGAAAUGUAUUGCACUUGGAUUGAAAAAGACAGCCGCUGGUCCGCUGUCUGUAGAAAUCGUAGCAGUGAGCAAUCGGUCGGCUUGCAGGGUGUGUCAUUGGACAAAACUGCUUACGUCAUGAAUGCAGUUCUUGCAGUCACGCAGACAGUGAAGAAAGUUACCCAGUGUACUAGGAAUAGUGUGCAAAGCAGUUUUAACUGCUUGAGGGGGAAUUUUACGCUGCAGUAUGCGCGGGAACUUGUUUUGAAGAACUUAGAGAAGAUUACUUUUAGAAAUAGUCAAAAUACUAAUAUAUCCUUCACCUCUAACCGAGAAUUGAAUAAAGAAUUUGAUAUCAUGAACGUGCAUGCCAUCUGCAAUAAAACCAUAGCGACUACCCGAGUAGGAAAAUGGACCAGAGAGCAGAGACUGGUAAUAAAUGAGACUGACAUUCAAUGGCCUGGUAAAGAAUACAGAGUCCCUUAUUCUGGAUGCCGGGAGCGCUGCCCCUUGGGUACCUAUACCAAAUAUGGUUGGGAGACAUGCUGGUGGAACUGUCAUAAGUGUCCUAAGGGGACCUUUAAUGAUAACCACACCGCGACCCUUUGUAAAGUUUGCCCGAAGCACCAAAUGCCAAAUGAGCUUCAGACUGGUUGUGUAGACAAACCUCUCGCAGUGUUAGUCUUCGGAGAAAUGCUAACAGUUACUCUACUCUCCGCGUGUGGACUGGGAGAGAUUCUUACAUUGCUUGUGUUGGGUGUUCUGGUGAGAUAUCAGGACACCCCUGUUGUCAAGGCAACGAAUUUAACUUUUACGGUCUUGUCCUUGUUAGUGCUUGCUGUUUGGUUCCUGAAUCCGGUUCUCUACAUCGGUAAGCCAUCUGACAGUGUUUGCAAAUUGAGAACCGUGUCGUUCGCAGUUUUGUACACCACUAUCACUGCGGUUUUAUUGACCAAGACGAACCGUUUGAUUAAGAUUUUUUCUGCUCUCAAGCAGCAUUGUUUCCUCAGCAACUGCUGGUACGGUUUCUUGACAUGCGCACUGAUUCUUGUGCAGAUUGGUUUGAGCGUGUUUCACCUUCUGGUUUUCCCGCCAAGAGUGACUUAUGAUUACAGCGUCGCGGGCGCUUUGUUUAUGUCAUGUGAGCACAAUUUGGCUGUUGAUUUGGCUUCGUUAGGUUAUGACUCAUUUCUCGCGAUGAUAUGCUCGUAUCUUGCCUACAAAUCGCGUAAUCUGCCGAGAGCUUAUAACGAAUUUAAAUGGAUAUGUCUCAGCAUGUUUACAAACUUUUUAUCGUGGACUGCUAUUUUAAUUUGCCAUCACACGUCGUUUCAUGGAAGGGAGAGCUACAUCUGCGCAAUAAUGGCGCUAAUUUUGGGAGCAUAUUCAAUGCUUUUCCUUCUGUUUCUUCCAAAAGUUCGUGUAAUUUUUUUCCGGCCGGAAAAGAACACGAAGCAGGCAGCGAUAGAAAGCACAAGGCGUUACUCAAUUGACCAGGCUUCUGGGAUUGAUCUAUCGCCGAUUCAGGGAAUGACGCUGAGACGGAACACAUCGCCAGCGUGUCUAGCGUUUCAGUUUAUGAAUGGAUCUAUGAACAAGCUACCAGUUGUGAAACAAAACUUGGGACCGAGGCGCUCUCAAGGGUCAAUUAUUGCGACCAUAAAAGAGUUGCCCGAGGAGAGAAAAUCAAGCGUCUAAAAUUCUGUAUCGUUGUCCCAACAAUUUUUGCAUGGAAAGAGCAAACGUACGUAGAAGGAGGUGUUUGUGUAUGCACGUCCGCGAAGGAGGGUCGGAAUGGCCUGUUUUUUCCCGAUCUUGUUAAAAGAAUCUAAAGAGCCGCGUCAUAGUUUUUCAAUGGUGAUUCUAUAUUGAUCCUACGUUAAAGUUAUUAUAGGUCCGUCAUUUUUAAUCCGUGUUAUACCACGGUGUAACUUCUCCCAACAGUAUUGGUUCAUUGUUAACCAACAAGUCGAUGAGAAGAAAUAGAAACAUCAA